GAAGAGGAAGAGGAUGGUGAUAUAUCUUCAGAAUUGACUGAUAUAUUAAAAUCCAGUGCCCAAAUACAUCCCAUUGCUACUAGCCCUGUGGAAAACUCAGAAUCUGAUGUUGAAGAAAGUCAAGAGAAACUAACUCGAGAGCUUCGACUUUCUAGUAUCCGAGCAGCUUCCAUGCCUGAAUUAUUAGAACAACUUUGGAAAGCCAGAGGUGAAAAAAAGAAAUUGCGCAAAACCCUACGGGAAUUUGAAGAAGGAUUUUAUCAACAAAAUGGGAGGAAUGUUCAGAAGGAGGAUCGUGGACCCAUGCUUGAUGAAUAUCGAGAGUACAAGAAAGUUAAAGCUAAACUGCGUCUUCUUGAAGUCCUUAUCAGCAAACAAGAUCCAUCAAAAUAAAUUAUGUUUCUCCAUAACAAAGAACAGUUGUUUUCAUAUGCUGCCCAUAGUACUGUUAGGAGUAUUCUUUUGUCUUGCUUUGUUGAAAGAAUGCUGUUUUUGUACACUUUAGAAGGACAGGUAGGUCCACUCUAGAAAGUUAAUGAAAAUUUUUUAAAUUGCGACUCAGUCUGUCCAACUUUAAGGGUUGUUUUCUUUUUCUCAUUUUUAAAAAUUUACAUCUUGUUCUCAAAAGACUUUUAUUCUAAAAUCAUUCAGAAAUGUUGGACCUGCUAACUUCGCUUCAUCUGCAUUUAUUAGUAUUAUACUGAACUCCUCUGUUGCCUUUUUAGUAUGGAAGACAAUGGCAGCCAAUUAAGAAUACUCCUGAAUACCAUAAAGGAACUGCAAUGCCUUUCAGAGGACUGCGUGGAAUAACUGAUUGCAAAUGGCAUCUUUCAUAUAGUAGAAUGAUAGAUGGAUAUCGAAAUAUAAAGUACAUUCUCCGGUUUCAGAUGACAAUGGACAAACCAGAAAGUGACCUUGCUUGUUGUAUUUUUAAAACUUGGAAAAACCUGAACAUUUAUAUCACAUAUUGCCUACAAGACUUACAUUACUGUUAAUUUCUAUUUAUUGUCUACUGGUGACAGUGUAGUCUGAAUUGGAGACUGCAUCUUACCCUUGUGUUGGUGCUCAGAUUCAUUCAGUUCAGUAAGCUUACACCACUUUUGCUGUAUCUGAAACAAACUUAUUUUACAAGGGCUACAAUUAAUGUAUUGAACAAGCUGGACAAAACUAGAUUUGAAAGAAGCCUUUCUACUUCCAUUUACAGAAGUGGAAAGAGAAGUGAUCUGCCUCAUGCAGAUAUGACACGAUUUUUGCAUGUCAAAGCUUCAGAACCAAGAGCGUUUUUUAACUGAUUUUUUUUUUUUUUGCCUAGUAUACAUAACACAACAGCGGCUGAUUAUUUUUUUAAACUGCACUCCAAAAUCCUUCUAAAUGACUUGAGUACCUACAUGAGAUACAGUACAGAGGAAAAGGGGCUUAUAUGGAAUCCUUUACACAUAGGCCCUGCUUCUGUGGUUUGACUGGAUUAAAUCCUAAGUGUUGAAUACCUUCUGGAUCUAUUUUGUCUUGUGGCCAUGUUUUUGCAUGUGCCUAUUUGCUGCAUGUGUUAUGAACAGCUAAUGCCAACACAAAUUGUUUUUCAUUGCUUUUCUGAAAAACCAGAAAAUGAACUUCAGUGAAAUAAUGACAUGUAAACUCAUCAGAUUGAUGUGUUAACAUGCAAUAGGUAGAAAAUAGAUUUUAGAGACUCCAUACUUCUAUUGGUUGUAUUUCUCGUUUUUAUUGUAAUUCUAGGCAUGUACUUUUGGAACCCAAAAGUGACUAUUAAAAUGAAUUUAUACUAUAAUGUUUUGCCUUUUUAUACAACCUGAAGGGUUUUAGUGGACUGUAGUAAAUUACAAGAUCGGGAAAUAAUCUGGAGAUUUUUCCGUGGCUUUUGUUCAACUUCAUUGUGCAAUGUACAUUUCAGUUACUCCAUCAAUCUGCAAUCACUGGUGCAUCAAACAUCAAAACCUAUGUGUACUGUAUAGUGUUGUACAUGAAUGUUUUAUAUAACACAUGCAAAAUAUCAAUAUGCACUAUUUAAAUGUUUGUUUUAAAUAAUAUAUUCCUCCUUUAUAAUGCUUAAAUCUAUAUGAUCCCAAUAUUUUUAUAAAGUGAGUGAUCAAAUUGGUUCCACUUCAGAAUCAACAGCUGCUUUUGUGUGUGCUUUGCAGUGUUUGGCUGUUUGUAGCAAGCAUGGCAUCAGUUAUGCUAAGAGUGUGUGUUGUGCCAUCUUAUUGAGCAAUAAAUGGUAGAAUUAGGCAUUUUGUGAUAACACAGUUUUACUUUCAUAUAAGUAAAAACUAUAUGUCGAUAUAUAGAUAUAUAAAUAUAUAUAUAUAUAUAAAUAAACCAGAUAUGAAUGAUUGCUAUGUCUGGCAUUUCAUUGUAUAGAUUUUUAUAAUAAAAAAACUUCUAUUGUCAUA